AUGGACACCACACCCAACAGCGAAGUCACACCGAAUCCCACGGUGCCCGAACCUGUCGUCGCUACUCUCAAGCUACCAGAGUUUUGGCAGUCGGACUCAGAACUCUGGUUUCUGAGCGUCGAGCCCCUCUUCCGACGACAUCGAGUAACAUCGCAAACAGCAAGGUACGACUACGUCAUCGGUGCUUUGCCACCUGCUGUCAUCGCCAUCCUUAUACGCCGGACAGCCGAGUCGGAAAAGCGUAGGCUGCAGCAGCUACUCACCGCGGAGGAGAUCGGUGACCGAAAGCCCACGGAACUUCUGCGUCGCAUGCGGCAUCUGAUUGGGGACCAGUCUGCUGCAUUGGACGCAUCCAUUCUACGGGAGCUCUUCCUACAGCGACUGCCACAGCAGGUGCGGAUGAUCUUAAGCGUGUCCUCCACAGUAACCCUCAACUCGCUGGCACAAAUGGCCGACAAAACUAUGGAUGUCGGCACCCCGGCCAUAUCUGGAAUCGAGAGACAACGUGACUCUUCCCUCUUUGCGCAGGUCCACGGCGACCGCUUGGACCGUCUCCUUCAAGCUAACGAGGAGCUCAACCGCAAAGUAGACCAGCUGGCCGCUGAACUCAGCUCGCUCAAAGCAGACCACCGAGGCAGUGCGUCACGACAGCGACACCAAAGCCGCGACAGAUGA